AUGUCCUUUCUUGUCAAUCCGUUCUCUCAAGGUUCGCGUGCAGGUGCAGCUUGGUUUUGCGUCGGUUCAGCUUCUUCAUUUCCCGAUGUCGAUGACUCUACGCGAGUUGGCGCGCAACGCGAAUGCCUGAACAAGUACAUCCCUGGAUGCCGAAUAUUUCAUGUACCUCGUGAAGACAGUUCUAAAGCCGUCGAAGUAGCCAUUGACGACUGGAAAGACCCAGAAGCUGGAGACUCAAAAGAUCAAGUUAUGGUCUUCAAGUACAAAGGCAAAUUUGUCGCAAUCAAUCAUGAGUGUCCACACUCAUCCUAUCCCCUGUCCAAUGGGAUCCCAUUCGAUAUUGAGGACUUCGGCGUCGUGCUGAGUUCUGGCAUUACUUGUCCCCAGCACGAUUGGUCUUUCGAUCUCCAUACUGGAAAUUCAGACCGUGGCAGAUAUAAGCUCCAAGUGUGGGAGGUUCAACAGCGGCCGGCAGAAUCGGAAAUCGACGACAUGGACGUAUGGGUCAGGAGGAAGCAGAAGAUUGGAUGA